AUGUCGAAGCAGGACAGCUUGGUGCAGGCUGAGGCCGCCGAAGAUGAACUUGACGAAUGGGAUCAACGAAUUUUCAGCACGGGCUGUUCUGAGGAGCAAUUGCGCAUGAACGAUUGCUACUAUGAGAAGAAGGACUGGAGAGCUUGCAAGGCCGAAGUAUGUGCUGAACCCCAACCCCAAUGA